AUGCCAUAAAACCGCCACGCCAUAUUCGACAAAACGCAGCAUGUCGGUCACACGCAACUUGCAGCACGUCCGCGCCAAGGUGGCAGAGGCCCUUGCCGCGAGCCCAUGGAAGCAGCAGUGUACGUUGGUCGCGGUGAGCAAGACCAAGCCGGUCGCCGACGUCGAGGAGGCGUACAACCAAGGCCAGCGCCACUUUGGCGAAAACUACAUCCAGGAGCUAGUCGAGAAGGCGCCGCUGUGCCCGGCCGACAUCCAGUGGCAUUUCAUCGGCCACCUACAGUCCAACAAGGUCAAGGCGCUCGUCACGGGUGUGCCGAGCCUGUAUAUGGUCGAGAGCGUCGACUCGGUGAAGCUCGCCAACAAGCUCGACUCGGCGUGGGCGACCAAGGGCACGGGGAAGCCGCUGGCCGUGCUCGUGCAGGUCAACACAUCGGGCGAGGAACAAAAGAGCGGCGUCGCGCCAGAGGACUGCGUGGCACUCGCCUCGCACAUCCAGGCGAGCUGCGCCAACUUGGCUUUCCAGGGCUUGAUGACGAUCGGCCGCUUCGACGACGAGACGGACGACUGCUUUGUCAAGCUCGUGGCCUGCCGCAAGGAGGUCGGCGCGGCCUUGGGCAUCGACGAGGCGGCGCUUGCGCUCAGCAUGGGCAUGUCGGACGAUUUUGAAUCGGCGAUUGCACACGGCAGCACGUACGUGCGCGUGGGCUCGACGAUCUUUGGCCGCCGGAAUUACGCCACUUAACACGUCGGACCGAUGGUUCAAUGGACUACGAGAACGGU